AUGCAGACUCCCGUUAUUAUAGAAUCGCGUCGACGGACCGCUGCUGGAGUUGGACAGUCUCGUGCUGCUGCAGCCGAGGCCUUUUCCGAGAGCGUUCUGGCCCCGAGGGCGGUGGAGUUAGCAGUCCUUCCUGCCGUGGGCUGUGGCGUUUGCGGGAAGGCGGUGUCUGUGGAGAGGGAAGGCUGGCUCAGGGGUGUUUGGUCGCCGUACAAUUUCUGGAACGUCUGCCACUUGGGGAGCCUGAUGGACUGGGAAGACGACCUCGCCCAAGCCCGCAUCUGCCUCAAUAUUCUCUCCUUCUGCAGUACCACGGACUCGGUAGCACUCAAAUUUCAAGACUGCCUCGUCCCUAUCCACGACAAACUGUCAUCUUACAUCCAACCCACAACCAGUACUAGCACCUUCCCGAAUCCGUCCUCCUUCGCCUACAUCCUCAGAGUUCCGAAGACUGCCGGCGCCGAACGCGUUAGCCUGCCCUUGAAGCUCCUGAUCAUGUUGUGCCAGCCGUUCGGCAACAUCAAUGACAAGGGUGGCUCGAACGAUGACCUCGGGGAGCGGCAAGGCUGGAGGCUCGAGAGCUCCUCGCCAUUCCGGUGGGACCCCCGGGACCUCGGGAUUGGCGAAACAGGGUUUAUGGAGAGCGAGAAUCGGUUCCUGGGCAGUGAUGAACCGAGUGGAUGGGCGGCAGUCGGGAGUGAAGAUGAAUCAGACGAGCUGGAGUGGGUGAUGAGUUAGGUAGUGUCAAGAAUCAAAUAUGCAAUAGGGAAUGGAGAGGGCAGAGGACAGACGGGAUGUUAGGCAGUGGGUAGUUAGUAGUGAUACUUAUGUGACUUCUAUUGAUCUCUGCCUCUCUCUUGUAUCUGUGGCCACACCAUAGGCUACU